CGGGUCGGAUUAUAAGCUAGUUAAUAGCUAUAAUUAUUCACGUUAUGACAAAUAUAGUCAAAUUUUGAAAAAUACACUCAUAAAGCCAUCUCGUCCGAAACUUUAACGUGAAUCUCACGAUUGCUGACUGGACUAAUGGAUGUUUGCAACAUGGCCUAGGUUCAUCUACGUGGCAGUACAAGUGAAUAAAAAACAAAAGAAAAUUGAAUUAAAAAAUGAAAUGAAAAAAUAAGAUGUAUUAAAAACCUUCCCCUGCAUUUUCCCCGACCUUCCAUUUCUCUUCUUCCUCUUCCUCUUCGUACACCUUGACAGAUUAAUGAACUCAACCGAGCUCAAAAGACCACCAUCCCCUCCAUCGAUCAACCACUUUAUGCACUCCAUAUCACCCAUGGACGGCGGCGUCGCUGGUUGCAGAAAAAAAGGAUGGAGUUCGACGCGGCGGCUGCAGCAGGAGAAGCGACGAUUAUGUAGUCAUCUCCGCUUCGCCCUAGCUCCGCCUUCGAUUCCCACUGCUCUGCCAGAUCCUUCUGGGUUUUAGGAUCUAACAGAUCCUUUGGGUUUCUGGGUUUCAGAUCUAACAAAUGCGCUUCAUAUUGAGGUACUGGAGCCUCUCCCUACUCUCCGAUCUGGAGGUUCGCUGCAGCGUUUGGGGUUAAGGUAGAGCGACACGAGUGACUAGAGGGUUUCUAUGUUGUUUGAAGUGGGAGGAAUCGAUCGUCGGAGGUGGAUUUUUGGUAUUCCAUAUGCAGGGAAAAAGAAAGAUCAGGAGCGACCGAUUUUCGAUAGAGAGGAUUAGGUAGCCCAUCCACAAGCUUGGUGGCGACUGCGGCGGUGGUCGGGGGAGACAAAGAGCUCGAGGGGAGCAGGGCAAUCGCUACAGCUGAAAUCCCCAAUUGAGGAAAAUAUUAAUAAAUUUCAAAAAAUAUUUUGUAAUAAAUAAUAUUUUUAAUUUGACGUGGCAUGACACGUGGGAUGACAAGGCGACCAGGAGUUGAUGUGGAAGUUGACAAGGCGCCACCUAGCUAGUUGUUAACGGAGGUGAACGGUAUCUCUAACUCUGUCAAUAUUUUAACGAAAAAAUGACUAAAUUAGUCACACAAGUUUUAAAAUGUGGCUAUACCUGUGUAUUUCUCAAAAUUUGGCUAUUAUUGUCACAACGUACAAAGUUAUGGCUAUAGGUGUCAAUCGGGCGGGUUUGGGUCGGGUUCAGUCGGGUCGCGGGUUAAUCGGGUUACGGUUCAGGCGGGUUGCGGGUCAAGCGGGUUCGGGUUAACCGGGUUGCGGGUUGAUCGGGUUGCGGGUUAAUCGGGUUGCAGGCAAAUCGGGUUCGGGUUGAACGGGUUGCGGAUCAGUCGGGUUUCGGGUUGAUCGGGUUACGGAUCAAUCGGGUUCGGGUUGAUCGGAUUGCGGGUUACAACAGGUCGGGUUGCGGGUUGUUCGGUCCAAACCAUCGAGUUUUUUUUAUAAUUAGUUAUUACAUAUAUUUAAGAUGUACAUUCACAAGUUAAAUUAAUUGUUAAAAUCAAAUUAAUUACUAAACUAUAAAAACCAAAAUAUCUAUCAUAAAGCAUAACCAUGAAGAAACCCUAAACCCUAACCCUAUAACACCAUUUUAUAUCUGAAACCUAAAACUAACCUUAACCAUCAACCAUACAUUAUCCUAAAUCACAACAUUAAGUAAUUAACCCUAAAACUAACCUCAACCCUUAACCAUAAGUCAAUAACCCAAACAGGCAAACACUGAACUCUAAACCAUGACCCUAUACGGCUAUACCCUAUACUAUAGUUAUAACUUAUAUGUUAUGAAAUUGUUGGUAUAAGCUAUAACAUAUGUUAUGUGAAGAAUGUAAGUUGAGUCAAUUUUAUAUUCGGUUAUUGGGAAGCAUACCUCCUAUGACUCCAAACUCUAAACCACGAGUCCACUACCAUAUACCCUAUACACUAAUCUUAAACCAUGAACUAUAGUUAUGCACUACAGAAAAUCAGGUUUCUAGUCACGAGAUCUUAUUCACGGGAACUUUUCCCGUACCCAGAAGUACACUGUCAGUCACUGAAAAAUUUCAUGUACUUACUUGUAUAGUUUUAAUCACAGGAAUUAAUUUACCUAUUUUCAAUUAUCAUUUCCCGUAAUUAAUUGUUAGUCACUGUUAAUUACCGUGAACAAUAAGAAAAUUUAUUAUUGUAAAUUUUAGAUGAUAAUGAUAAUGAUUUUCAUUAAAAAUAUGAUAGGUAAUAUAUUUAUUUACUAAAGUUUAAAGAUAUGU